AUGCGUUCGCUUGCCGCGGUUCAUGGGGUGGAUCCCUUGCCCGAAUUAGGCAUUCCAUCGGCCAUUCAACAUCAGGGUGACGGCAACCCGGACGGUGAUAUGGCCGGCGCGCAGGACACUAUCUACCUGUGCAAUUUCCGCGUAUCCGUUGACGGAGAGUGGCUCUGUCUAAAAGAAUUACACGAUAUGGAAAUGCAGGAUUCAUUCCAUCGCCCAUCUGCCCAAGGCACCAUUACAUCGCCUGACGAUCCGAUGAAUACUUUGAUGGCACGGGAUCCUGUUGUAAUCGAACGCAGCAAUCUUGUGAACAUCUCGAAACUAAUCGUGAAGGAGCUGAUCGAACAAUCUCUCCGCUAUGGUAGGAUGCUUGACAGUGAUCACUUGCCCCUGCACCACUUCUUCAUUGUGCUCGAGCAUGUUAUGCGUCAUGGACUCAAACCCAAGAAGGGAUUGCUCGGACCCAAGAAAGAGCUAUGGGACAUCUUGCAAAUGGUUGAGAAAUACUCGCCGGAAGCCGCGGACAUUACGGCUAGCGUCAGGGACCUCCCCACUGUGAAGACCGCAAUGGGUCGUGCUAGAGCUUGGCUGAGGUUGGCUUUAAUGCAAAAACGUCUGGCCGACUAUCUUCGUAUUCUCUUGGAACACCGUGAAGAUACGUUGGAAGAAUACUUUGAGCCCCAUGCUCUGAUGCUCAAUGAAGAAGCUGUCAUCAUUACUGGUCUCCUAGUAGGCCUCAACGUCGUCGAUUGCAAUUUGUGUGUGAAGGAGGAAGAUCUAGACAGUCAACAAGGCGUAAUAGACUUCUCGCUUUAUUUACGCGGCAGUAAUUCGUCCAAUGACCUAGCCGGCAAUGGUAACGGUGAUUCAGAACCGAAACAACGCCACAUCAACACAAUGCUAGACCAGAAGAAUUACAUCGAGGAGCUCAACAGACAUCUCAAUGCAACAGUAGCAAACCUCCAAGCUAAGGUUGAGAGCUUGACUACAACGAAUGCAUUAAUGAAGGAAGACCUGGCAAUAUCCAAAAACACGAUGAUUCAAUUAGUUGAGGAAAACAAUCAACUAAAACAUGCUCUCGGGCAAGACAUAACCAAAGACACCAGGAUGAAAGUGACGGAAUUGCAGUCUGAUGAAGAGGAGAAACGUAGCGUCAAAAGUGUGGCUUCUGAUAAAUCCAAAAAUGAUAGCGAGGCAAGCAAAAAUUUGGAAGAAGAAAGGAAGAAGUAUUUGGAACUGCAAAGGGAACUGGAUUUACAGAUUUCACUCAAAGCAGAAAUGGAGGUGGCAAUGAAAUUGCUAGAGAAAGAUAUACACGACAAACAAGACACAAUAAUAUCGUUGAGAAGACAACUCGACGACAUAAAACUUAUCAACCUAGAGAUGUACAAAAAAUUACAGGAAUGUGAAAGUUCCUUGAAACAUAAAACUGAGCUAAUAGCCAAAUUGGAAGCAAAGACUGAAUCAAUGGGCAGCACCAUACAUCAACUCGAUGAGAAGUUGCAAGAAGAUAAGUUAGCUAGGAAGAAUUUAGAAGACAGUGCUCGCUCACUGGGACAGAAGGCUGCCGCCGCGGAAACCAGGGCUGUAGCGGCAGAAGGAGACCUCAGAAUUGAACGAGAAUGGAGGGUGUCCUUACAAGAAUCAAUGAUGCGGGACCGCGAUAAGAUAUCGAUGUUGACACAAGAAGUGGAGUCUCUCAAAUCAAUAGGACAGAAAUACCUCUCACUGCAAGAAGAACAGCAUGUAUUAAAGACUCAAUACGUGGAAGCGCAGAAGACGCUAGAAGAAGUAGGGGCGACACUGAGCGAGAACAAACUACAACUAGCGGAGUUGUUAGAAAAGGAGGCACAAGCACAAAAUGUUGAGGAGCCCCCAACAUGGACGCAUGAUAAAGACGCCACCGCUUGUACUGCGUGUGCCAAAGAAUUCUCUAUUGCUAGGCGGAAACACCAUUGCCGUCGGUGUGGCCAUAUAUUCUGCGCAUCGUGCAGCGACAAAACAGUCGCGUUAGCUGGCAACACCAAACCUGUGAGAGUAUGCGACGCGUGUUACGCUGAAGUGAGACUAACGUAG